AUGGAGCAACUGGAGGCCAAAGGAGGCUUGGAGCGGGUUGAGAUGGCCGAUCGCUCGGCGGGCUCAACGACUGUGGACUUUGGCUUCACGCAAAGCGAACAGCGGAAGAUUGUGCACAAGAUUGACAGGCGGCUGUUCACUGGGCUGGGACUGCUAUUUGGAAUCAGUUUGGUUGACCGGACUAAUUUAGGGAAUGCGUCGAUUGCAGGCAUGCAGAAGGAUCUUCUAGGGAUUGGGUCACGCUAUUCACUGAUUGUCCUGAUUUUCUUCGUCCCCUAUGUUCUGUUUCAGCUACCGAGCUCGAUCAUCGUCCGCAAGCUGGGCCCUAAAGCUUUCCUUGGAGGCAUCACAUUUCUAUGGGGUGUUGUGAUGAUGUGUUUUGGAUCCGUCCACGACUGGAAGGUGAUGCUGGGAUUGCGCGUCAUUCUAGGAACCUUUGAAGCGGGUCUCUUCCCAGGUGCAAUUUAUCUGCUUUCGCUGCGGCAUUCUCGCCUAUGGCAUCUCACAUAUGGACGGAGUGGCUGGAAUACAAGCCUGGUGAUGGAAUUUCAUCAUUGUCUUCUCACCUGUGUCAUCGCUGUCACCGGAUAUAUACUUCUCGUAGACUUUCCACAAGAAGCACGCAAAGCACGACAUUUCCUGUCGCGGCAAGAAAUCGACUUUGUGAUUCACAAAAUCAACCAAGAUCGCCAGGGUGCUAGAGAAGAACCUUUUACAUGGUCUGCAUUCCUCACGCCAGCGCUGGAGUGGAAAGUUUGGGGUUUCGCAAUGAUUUUCCUGUGUAGCACCGUCGUCGCCUACUCCAUGGCCUAUUUCUUGCCGAUCAUUUUAUCCAGUAAGAUGGGCUUUAACGCCGGGCCAUCGCAGGCUUUAACCACACCGCCAUACUUCUUCGCAGCAACCAUAAUGUAUACUGAAGGCUGGUUGGGGGACAGGUGGCGGAUUCGCAGUCCAAUCAUCGUCUAUAACGCCCUCCAAGCAGUCCUCGGUCUGUGUCUACUAGAUUGGGCUGCCUCACCGGGGGUACAAUACUUCGGCGUCUUCCUUGUCUGUGCCGGCUGCAAUUCCACAAUCCCCGCCGUCCUAUCAUGGCAGGCGAACAACAUUCGAGGACAAUGGAAACGAGCCUUUUGCAGCGCCAGUCUAAUCACCUCAGGCGGCAUGGGCGGUAUCAUCGGAGCGUCGAUGUUCCGAUCUCAGGAUACACCGAAGUAUUUGCCCGGCAUCAUUGCGUCAAUU